AUGCUCGCGGCACAUCGGGAUCAAGAAAAUCUGGUGCAUGCGCACCAGGCCUCUGCAAAACAACAGCCCAAGACGCCAGGACCGAGAUACCCGAAGACUCCCCUGGGUCGGUUUGCGAAAAAUGACGAGAAUGCACCAACGGCAUUUGGAGGCAAAAACAACCUCGCUGGAACUAUCAAGAGGCCAACCGCCCAGAAGCAAGCUUUGGCGACUCCCUUGGGCACUCAGUCUAGAGCUCCUCUUGGGAACAAAACAACCAACGCAAAAGCGCGGCCAAAUCAGUCAGCGAACGGGAAAGUGAAGCCGAACGAGGCUUCGCAGCUUAGGCCUGGUACUCAGCGACCUAAAAUACGACAGCCAGAAGCGGCGGCUUCAAAGCUUGAGGUGCAGUCUGAUAAACAGACCACCAACAAAGAUGAAGAGCCUGAAUACGCCCCUCUAGCCCCUACACCCUUGCCAUAUCAGUCAGACGUACUCCCCGAAGGAGGGUUGACCUUUCGGGGCCUGAAGAAGGAGUACUUGUUGAAGGGCUAUUACGAGAAUUUUUAUAAUCCCAUUGAUGCCAAUGGCAUCUCACGUCUUGACAAGGCUUUCGACGAUGAAAUGAAAUCGGCACUGGAUAAAGCGGUGGAGCAGCAUGACCGAGAAUUCGAGGCUCUUGACUGGGGUGUACAUGAAGCUGAGGAACGCAAGGCGGACGCGGAGCUGAGAAACCCCAGCUCUAAAGUUGGCACUCAAAGGACGAAGGUGUCGGCCUCGAGUGAUCGAGCGCCACACACUUUGAGCUCUCGCAGAGCAGCCUCAGCCUUGGCGAUUCGCUCGGACAACAGAAGUACAAGCGCUUUGUCAUCACGGGUGACACCAUCAGCGCGACCUGCAGCCCAGCCUAGGAUGAUCAAAUCAUCAGCCAUAGAGCCGCCAGGUACAACCACUGGAGAAGCAGCCUCGCGUACCACAAUUGGAUACAGCAAGGGCAGAACUGCAUCAUCCAUAAUGCGUCCCCACCAUCAAACGAGCAAGAGCCUCACUAGGCCUCCAGCUCGUCAGACCUCUGAUAAUAGCUGGGAUCUCACCCUCACACCUGCUCGCGCCCGCCUUGGAUUCCGCGAACAAAGCCCACUGAAGAGCACUGAGCGUCCCCAGUUCACGUCAAUAUUUUAUGACGAUGAAGAUGAAGAUGAUUCAGAGCCCGUAACUCUCGGCGGUCCAGCGAUGGACUCGGAUGAUGACGAGGAGUUUGAGUUGAAGCUGGAUAUCUAA